AUGACGUCCAACCCUCCUGCAGCGUGCUGCAGCGUCGGCGUGACGCACGAAGGCACGCCUACCGGUCAAAUGGUCAUGAUAGAGAACAAGUGGGAUGCAUAUCUUGCCCUGCCGCCCGAGGGCAAAGCCCACAAAGACGUCGUGCUUCUCUACCUACCCGACGUCCUUGGCAUCUGGCAGAACAGCAAGCUGAUGGCCGACGACUUUGCUGCCCAAGGCUACACAACCCUGGUGGUUGACAUUUUUAACGGCGACCCCGUACCGCUCAACAUUUCACUCAGCUCCCUUGAGGAUUUUGACUUUGUUAGCUGGAGGGACUUUGGCACGAACCAUGACAACCCUCACACCUACGAGGCUGUUGAUCCCAUUAUAGAGGCGGCCAUCAAGGUGCUCAAGAAGGACCACGGCGCCAAGAGGAUCGGCGCCGUUGGGUACAGCUUUGGAGCCAAGUAUGUCGUCCGCCACUACAAGAAUGGCAUAGACGUGGGCUUUGUCGGCCACCCUUCCGACGUGACAGAGGAAGAGAUGGACGCCAUCUCGGGUCCGCUGGCCAUCGCCGCAGCCGAGACGGACAGCAUCUUCACGGCCGACAUGCGCCACCUGUCCGAAGAGCUCCUCAAGCGCUCCGGGAAGCCCUACCAGAUCAACCUGUACUCUGGCGUGCUCCACGGGUUUGCUGUCCGCGGAAACAUGUCCAACAAGCUUGAGCGGUAUGCCAAGGAGCAGGCUUUUGUCCAGGCCGUCACUUGGUUCAACUACUGGCUGUUGUGA